AUGGGGGCGUCGUCACUGAGGCUACUCAUACGGCCGGGUGUGUUGAGUUGCCGCACCCUCUCAAGAACCAGCACCGCCGCUCUCAUCAACAGAAAAACUAGCCCCUCACUAUUCCGCCCACCACCACAACCACCAUGGCUCGUCACCACCAGAGGCUUCAGAGAUGACACCUUCUCCAAGCCUUCAUCCUCAAUAGGCAAAAGAUGGACCAGACCUGACUCUGCCACCCCAUCAGAAUGGGAGGCCCCUUCCUUUGCCUUUGCUUUUGACAUCGACGGCGUCCUCCUCCACGAAAAAGCCCCUCUCGCCGGCGCGGCCCAGACCCUCGCGCUGCUGGAUUACUACCACAUCCCAUUCAUCCUCCUCACCAACGGCGGCGGCAAGUUCGAGGCCGACCGCGUGGCGGAGCUGAACGAGAAGCUGGGCAGCCACAUGACAACUGAGAAUUUCUGCCAGUCUCACACCCCGUUUCAGGAGCUGUUGCCAGUGUACCGGGACAAGACCAUCUUGGUGACGGGGAGUGACUACGAGAAGUGCAGGGAGAUCAUGAAGAGGUAUGGGUUCAGGAGUGUGGUCACGCCGGUGGACAUCUUCAGGGCGGCGCCCGAGGUGUUUCCUUUUGAUACCGUCCGGGGGAAGGUGGGGAGGGAUUUGCCGAAGCCAAUCUGGAGGCCGAGGAAGGAAGCCGGGGAGCAUCAUCAAGGGACGAAGGGGAUGGUGAGGGAUACUGAGCAGGAGGAAAGAGAGGGGAAGUUGGAGGAUCAUUUAAAGGUUGAGGCAAUGUUUGUGUUGAAUGACCCGAGGGAUUGGGCGUUGGAUGUGCAGGUGUUUAUGGACUUGUUGCAGUCGAAGCAGGGGUAUGUGGGCACGUAUUCGGAGGAGAACAAUAAGGGACGGUGGCAGGGGGAUGGCCAGCCGAAGCUGUUUUUUAGCAACUCGGAUCUGAUCUGGGCGGCCAAGUAUCACCUUCCGCGGUUUGGGCAGGGGGCGUUUCAGCAUGCGUUGGUGGGGAUUUGGAAGGAGGUUACGGAAGGGAAGAAGGAGCUGGUACGGACGUGCUUUGGGAAGCCGCAUAGGGAGACGUAUGAGUAUGCGGAGGAGAUGCUGGUGAGGCAUCGGGGGGGGUGGUUGAGGACGAAGGGGUACAAGGAGGGGGAGAUUGAGGGGGGUUUGAAGAGGAUUUACAUGGUGGGGGAUAAUCCUGAGAGUGAUAUUGCUGGGGCGAACGACUAUGAUGGGAAGGGGAAAUAUGGGACGGAGUGGGUGAGCUUGUUGGUGGAGACGGGGGUGUUUGAUGCGACGAGGAUGAACUUUAAGGAUGGGGAUGUGAGGAAGGCGGAUGUGGUGAAGCCAAACGUUGCGGAGGCGGUGAAGUGGGCGUUGAGGAAUGAGGGGUGGGUUGAUGAGUAGAUGUGUGUUGAUGGGAUAAAUACCUUGAAUGAGAUGAUGAAUGAGAUCAUUGUGUCGAGCCUGAUCUUGAAGAAGUGUAUUUUCCUGAAUGGGGGUCAAGCAUUUGAGUGGGUAACAAACGUAUGGCAAAUUUGGUCCUGUUUAAAC